CCGCGCGGCACCGCCGGCACUUCUGUUCUGCUCUACGCUGCAUCUCGUCUUGCCUCGCUCGCUCGCCCCGCCCGCAGGAUGCUGGUGCUGGGUGCCGCCCGCCGCUUGCUCGCGGGGCGCCCGCCGGGCUCUGCCGUUGGCCGCCUGCUGCUGCCGGGCCGGGGCUGCAGCGCCCGCGCGCCCAACCCCGUCGUGUUCCUGGACGUGGAGGCGGACGCCAGCCCGCUGGGCCGCGUCGUGCUCGAGCUGAAAGCUGAUGUAGUUCCGAAGACAGCAGAGAACUUUAGAGCUCUUUGUACUGGUGAGAAGGGUUUUGGGUAUAAAGGAUCCACCUUUCACAGAGUGAUUCCUUCAUUCAUGUGCCAGGCUGGUGACUUUACAAACCACAAUGGCACAGGAGGGAAAUCCAUCUAUGGCAGUCGAUUUCCAGAUGAAAAUUUCAUACUUAAGCAUGUUGGACCUGGUGUUCUUUCAAUGGCCAAUGCAGGCCCCAAUACAAAUGGAUCUCAGUUCUUCAUUUGCACUACCAAAACUGACUGGCUAGAUGGAAAACACGUUGUUUUUGGCUACGUAAAGGAAGGAAUGGAAGUUGUAAAGAAAAUUGAGGGUUUUGGUACCAAGAGUGGAAAGACCAACAAAAAGAUUCUCAUUACAGAUUGCGGCCAGUUGUCAUAAACUGUUUUAUGUAGCUCAGGAGAACUUGGAUGCUGUGAAGAAACAGGAUGAAGGAAGUAUUUCUGAUCUCACUUGCUGAUGUGAAGCAUUCUUCCUAUCAUUCAGUAUGAUUGAAUAUACCCUGAUAAAAGUAGAAAUUUCAGACAUUCUAACAAAGAUCUCUGUACCUUAUUGUAGAACAGAGCUAGAGGGUUCACUUUUUUUAUUUGAAAAUGGGUACAAGUUAAUAUUUAUAGAUUAUUUACAAAUGAACAAGAGAUCUUAAAUUAUUAAUUUUUUUUAAAUGACCUGGUGUCGUAGCAGUUAUCAGGUCAAGCUUGAUAGUGUGCUGAACUUCAGUUAUCCAAUGCUGUACAUGACAGCAAUAUGAACACCAAAUUUGCUGUAAUUCAGGAAUUGUAAGAAGUCUGUCACAACUAUCUUGUGGUUGACCUAACUACUAGCAUAGUGAGUGCUUAUACCCUUCUCUGUUUCAAAUAAAUGUGAAUUUGUCAUUCUGUUGACAUAGCCAGGUGCUGUGAAUUUUUUUUUUUUUUUUUUUUUUUUUUUUUUUUUUUCAGGCAUUCAGAUCAAUAAUGUAGUAAAGUAUAGUGGCAUUAUUUUCUCUUAAGUGGGGAUCAAAUGGAUCAAAUUCUCCAUUAAUUUGAAUUAAAGAUUGCCAUGUUUCCUUCAC